AUGGAGCCUGACCAAAACUCACGUCCAUCCGAUGAUUUUCUUUUGGCUGCAUACUACAAUAGUAUUGGUAGUACUCAUGGUCAGAUGGGUGAUCAUGCAAAAGCUCUUCCAUAUUUCUUACAAGCUCUUGAAAUUCAACAGCGAAUACUUCCUGACAACGAUGUUAAUAUAGCUGUAUCCUACAAUAAUAUUGGCUCAGUGUACAACAAUCUAGGCGAAUCUUCAAAAGCACGUUCAUUUUUUGAACGUGCUGUUAACAUUGGACAGCUAUCUUUACCAGCAAAUGAUCAUGAACUUCAGAAAUGGAAAAGAAAUCUUGACAAGACUGAUAAACCUUGA